GUUGGCGCCAUGAUAUCCCCCACCACCGUGACCGAGUUUCUACCCAUGCUUGACGACACGGCACCAUCGACUGAGGCCAAGACGAACGACAACCAAGUAGUCGCCGUCACGGACAAGAACGACGUCAUUGCAAUCAACAAAGGAUACCACGCCCCGGUCCAGCCCGCGACGCUCGGGUGGCACGACUUGCGCUACACGGUGCAAGCCAAGUCGCUUCUCGGCAAGAAAGGGCCGACCAAGACGAUCCUCAAAGGUAUCUCGGGCCACGUGGCACCCGGACAACUCACGGCCAUCAUGGGACCGUCUGGCAGCGGCAAGACGACGCUGCUCGACAUCCUCGCGGACCGCAUCGCGACAGGCGUCGUCGAAGGCGACCUCGAAGUCAACGGUCGGCCGCGCCACUCGGCCUCGUUCCGCAAGAUGGCCACGUACGUGGCGCAGGAAGACUCUCUCCUCGGAUCGUUUACGGUUCUCGAGACACUCCGAUUCGCAGCCCGCAUCUCGCUCAAGGCCCCGGCCGACGUCUUGGAAGAGCGCGUUCAGAACGCCAUCGCAGACAUGGGUCUAACCAGCUGCGCCAACACGCGCGUGGGCGACAUCUUUUUCAAGGGCAUCUCGGGCGGCCAGAAGCGCCGGCUCUCGAUCGCGAUCGCGCUCCUCACCAACCCUUCGAUUUUGCUUCUUGACGAGCCGACGUCGGGGCUCGAUGCUGCAUCGACGUACUACAUUAUGAAGUACAUUGCCAAGCUCUGUGACGCCGGCCGGACCGUGGUGUGCACCAUCCACCAGCCGUCGACCGACGUGUACAACCUCUUCUCGACCUUGUCGAUCCUUGUCGAAGGCCGAACUGUCUUUUUCGGUCCCCCCGCAUCGGCCUUGACGCACUUUGCGUCGCUCCACUACCCGUGCCCCAACUACUCGAAUCCCGCCGAGUACUUUGUCGGUCUUGUCAACACGGACUUCGAAGGCCAUGCCGACGUGAACGCGUUCGUCGAUGCAUUCGCCCGCAGCGACCUCGGCGCUUCGGUCGUCCGCGCCUUCCAAGCCGACCGCACGUUGAGCCGCAAGAGCGACGUGUUGAAUCACGAAGCAUCGGCGUUCACGCAGUGGCAAGUGCUGCUGCAGCGCAACUUGCUCAACAAUGCGCGCAACCCGGGUUUGUUUUGGGUCCGUCUCUUCAUGUACAUCAUGCUCGCGUUCAUGGUCGGCACCAUGUACUACCACACGAAUGCGGCGCUGACGAAGGAAGACUUGCUCCCGCUCCUCUUCUACGUUCAAGCCUUCCUCGUCUUUAUGAGCGUGGCGGUGCUGCCCUUCUUCAUCGAGCAGCGCGCGUCGCUCAUGUGUGUCAUUGCGGCGGCCGUGCCCCACUACAUUAUCGGCAUUGCACUUGGCGCUGGUCUCUUUGGCAUGUUUAUGCUCUGCGAAGGCUUCAUGGUGCCCCGCCACGCGAUCCCCGACUACUGGAUCUGGGCCUACUACCUCGCGUUCCACACGUACUCGUUCGAGUCAUUUGUGUAUACGCAUUUCAACCCGAUCCAGGCGACCGAUGCGACCGCGAAAGCCAUUCUGGUGCGCUACGGCUUUCAAGACGUCGACGUCGACCGCAACAUGGUCAUCCUCGUCGGCUACACGGUCGUCUUUCAGCUGCUCUUUGGGUGGAUCUUGUACCGCUUCCACACGGGCCGCCGUUAA